GACAACCUGAGCAAAAUGCCUCAAUCAUCACAUCGAGACGACUUCUUUCAGACAGAUGCCUCGAUAGAAGAUAGUGAUCGCAAGGCCGCCAAAUCCAAGAAUGAAAAUGGCAGCCCUAUAAGAUUACAAAGCAAGAUAUUAGCGAUCGUGGCUGAUCCUUUCAGUACAAAAAAUGUUUAUGUUGCUGAAAGUGCCGGUACGAUACGGAAAGUCGGGCUAGAAACAGGUGAGAGGUUGGCUCUUUACAAAGGUCCAACUGCGCCUGUGACGAGUGUGGCAUUCAGCCCGGAUGGCAAAUUGAUAUUUGCUGGUUGUUGGGACAAGACAAUUUGGAGCUGGGAUGUGCGGUCGAGACAGUCACAGCGACGGUAUGAAGGACAUUCAGAUUUCGUAAAGACUGCGACAUGCGCCCGAAUAGGGGGCCAAGAUGUCUUGAUCUCUGGUGGAGCCGACUCCAAGAUUAUCAUCUUCGACAUCGCCAGUGGUGAACGAUUACAAGUCCUAAAAGAUCACUUGAGAGGUGUUCAAGAUCUGUGCAUUGAUCCAACCACUCUGGACCAAAACCAGCAAACUAUCAAGUUAUUCUCGGCUGGAAGUGAGCGAGAGAUUCGAGAAUAUACGAUUGGACUAACAACAAGCAAUGUCGAGGACCCGCUUAUCGUUCACGAAACAAGUGUAUACAAGCUAUAUUUUGACGAAGAUGGCGACCUGUGGACUGCAUCUGCUGACAAGACUGUAAAGUGUCUUACACGAGAUAGCGGCUGGAAACCGAAUUUGAUACUUGAACAUCCAGACUUUGUCAGGGAUGUGGUAGUAUACGAACAAGGGGGGUGGGCUAUAACAGCGUGUCGUGAUGAAGAUGUUCGAGUAUGGAACAAAGCGACCGGAGACCUCUAUCAUACUUUCACCGGACAUUUUGAGGAAGUAACUGGUUUAUUAUUGAUUGGGAGCUUGCUUGUCAGCGUCAGCAUAGAUGCAACCAUAAGGCAGUGGAGUCUCAAGCCAGCAGAUCUGCAAAAGGCCAUUGAGGAAGCGAAGAAGAAGCCCGUUGAAGAAGAACAACCAAAGCAGGAAUCCAUGUUGACGGAAGAAGAGGAGCGGGAGCUGGCCGAGUUGAUGGGCGAUGAAUGAUCAGUAUACAGAGAUGUAAGGUCGUUCAUACUUUCUUCAAUGAUAAUCUUCAACCAAUUAUAUGCAUCACGUGACCGUACCGGCGUCUGUUUGCGGAAGCUGAUCCGGAGAUCUUCCGAGCGUCAUUCCUCCGUUGUCCGUCUAUGCAAGUACAACUCCAAACUUAU